GUCGACACAAAAGUAGACUUGUUGUUCAGGAUACAAGACGCACUGUGCGCAGGCUAACUGUAAAAACGAAAAGGCAUCACAAAUGGCGGACGUUGAAGAUGAUGGUAUAGAUGGCGGUCUAGCUAACGUUCGUCCAGCAAGAGAUCGAACUUCAUUUGUUGUCUGCCCAGCUCAUGGUUGUGGUCCAUCCUUUACCGUCAGAACCCUUCACAUCUCGUGCAAAUCGGACACAUAUCGCGGAAGUGAACAGCAGUAUGGCGGAAUAAUUAUCUACUCGCGCAAUGGUGCAACAGAUUGGCGUACUGCAAACGACACCCACUGCAAGAGUGGAUAUGUGGUAAUUAUGCAAACCGACACCAAAGCUUUUAAAGAUCUACAAGCCGCAUGGUCAUACGAGCCGGGUAAAGUACAUGGCAUCAUUUACAGAAAGGCAUUUGGGGAAUCUUGCAAAGGUAAGAAAGUGGUCGGAGAAGGUUUUGGAAUAAUGAAUGGGGAGUUGAAGAUCAUUUCAGGAGCGUUUAAUCCUGCGGAUGACGAUUACCACGACAAUAGUUCCCUCAUGAAUCAAGAUUCAGCCCGAUAUGUGGAGGCAGUUGUCAAUAUCUGGAAGAGCGCGGGACCCAACUUUCCUGAGAAGCAGAAUUACAGUGUGAAGGAACUGAGUGACUAGAUUGAUCGAUUGAACUAAAUAAACUCGAAAAGACUAAUCAAUAUGAAAGAAGGACGAGAAAUAUUUUGACGUUUGUUUCGAUUUCUAGGAAAGCAAGGAAGGGCAGGUGUUUAGCAUAGUCUCUGAAAAGAUUAUUUGUCGAGAAGAAAAAGCCUUCUUUUUUCUCCUGAUUUUAACCUUUUUAACUGAGUUUUUCAAUGACUGGUUCUUUCUUUACUUUAGAUUAAAUUCGCACGAGAGGAUAUGUAAAAACGAAACGGUUCAUAAUCAUUAAGAAUUAAAUAGAUGCUUGCAUGCUCGUUAGUGAUAUUUGAAAGCGCACUCAAUUCUCGGAAUCGCCUGGGGCGAUUUAAAAUCCUUCUAAGAAAAGAAUCCAUUGUUUGUGGUUGUA